AGAAAAAAAUGAUUUACGAUUUCAAUAUUCCAUACCCCAAUGCCAACGAUGCAGCGGAUCUUCAACGUAUAGAAAAGAUCUUGGGUAGAAUCGAUUCAUUUGAUAGUCAUAGUAUUGUUGCAUUGAACAAGACCGUUCGAGAGAAGUUAGCCGAUGUCAAGACGAUUGCACCUGUUGCGGGUAAAAAGUAUAAAAACAUGCAGCAAUUAACAAGAGCUACGAUUAUUAUUGAGGAUCCCAAAAAGAACUACCAGCUCGCGGUCAGUUCAGCGUAUCCAAAUAUCGAUAUUUUAGCGGUGCGUCCCACGACCAUUGAUGUUUGCAAACAUGCCUGUCAAACGUUAGAAGUGGACAUGAUUUCGCUGGAUUUGGCAACGUCCAAAGUUUCCCCUGGGUUUGUGGCGGCUCAAGUGGCUGUCAGUCGUGGCAUCUUUUUUGAGAUUUGUUACAGUCAAUCUUUCAGAGAUCCAGCAAGGAAAUUCGCUUUUUUUAAUGCGGUAAAAAGACUUGUGGAGGUGACACGAGGUCACAACUUGGUUUUCUCCAGUGAAGCGAUUCGAGCAUUAGACAUUCGACGACCUGCGGAUAUCAGAAUACUAGGAACCAUGUUUGGCAUGACACAUGAUCAGAUCGAACAAUCGGUUUCUGUCAACUAUCCUCGACUUUUAAAGAAGGCCGAGACUAGAAAAAGAACUUAUAAUGCCGUGAUUGGCAUCACAGAGGACGUCAUUCAACUGAAGCGUAAAGACACAGGCGACUCCAAACAGCAAGGGGGAGCCAACAAGAAAGCGAAAAAAGAAAAAAAAUAAAA